AAUUUAGUUCAAAUCAAUUACCAGAAACGAGAGGAGAUAAAUAAAAAUUCAAUUAAGUGAUUUCAUUCAUAAGUGAGAAUUGUUAGACACAAUACUGAACGAAAAUAAAAGCAGGUCAGUGGUGUUGAGUAAAAAUACUUUAGAGAUCGGUUGACUUCCAAUCAAACGUGCUACAAGCUAAUUACUUGCAACCGUUCUACUUCUAUGAUUAUUUCCUUAUCUCAAAGCCUCCACUGUCGGAUAUGUCGGCCGAUAUUUUAAUAUUUCUGAGCCACAACAUAUCUGGCAGAGUAUAUAGGAAAUAAUCAAACGAAAUGGCCAAAUACGUGAACGAAAUGAAUUUGUAUCCAUUGGACGGACAAUAUGUAGCCCAAAUCAACGUUCCGAAUGGUUCGGCCAGCACAUCCCACUUUAAAACGGAAACCGUAAUCAUAUUAGAUCGUUCUGGUUCUAUGGGUGAUGCGGUUGAAAGAAUAGUACGACAAGUGUUGCCAAAAUUUUUCAAGAAUUUACAAUGCCAAGAUAAUGAUUCAUUUCAUCUGAUUGCGUUCGAUGAUGAGGUUGAAUAUUAUGAAGUGAAAAUCAGCGAAUUAUCUACCUUUGACAUGUAUGCUCGGGAUGGUACAUACAUGUACGAAACGGUAAAGAAAUUGUCGGAACUUUUCGAAGUUUUCCAUCAGAAGCAAGUGGAACUACUUCGAAUUUUGACCAUUUCUGAUGGUGAAAUUUCCGACACGGAAGACACAAUCCGUGCAGCUGACAGACUAGCAACAUUUGUGAAAAAAUUUAACAUUUCGGUUAAUUCGCAAGCGGUUCGUUGGUAUGGUAAAGCUGACACAACUGCAUUGUGCUGCUUGCUGCAAUUGAACAACGUGACCAAAUCGAAUCUAGUGGAAAGUUGUUAUGAAGAGGGAGUCGACGCAACAGCUAAAAUUUGGGCUGAUCUUUUUGCUGGCGAUAAAUUGAUGACCGAUUUGGUUUUGAAAGGCGACAAAGACAUUUUCCUCAAAAAUCCUUGGGAUACAGAAGCCACGAAUAACCUAAGAUUGCAGUCCGGCGAAAAUGUGUUCUGGUGCAAGGAAAAACCGACUGAUCUGAAAAUCGACACAAAAUCAGUGAAGAAAACUGUCAACACAUCGAUUACAUACGAGAAACUUCAACAAUUACUCUACGAGCGCAUUGACGUCGUCAUCGAUCAUAUGAAAAUGCUGAAAAUAAUCGAAUCGUCGUCGGCCCAAGAAACUAUGAAGUUAAUUUUGGAUUAUUUUAAAAGAAUCGAAAAAGAAGUGCCACCGACUGGUGCGGAAGGAUUUAAAUUUUCCGAUAUCAUUGAAUCGAUUUUGAAGGAUGAAAAGGUGAAGCAUCUGAGCGAUGCAGAGAAAGCCGAGUAUUUGAAAGAAUCCGUUUUUGUAAAGAAGGAGUUUAGCUCACACACUAGACAAGCGAGAAGUGUAAAUGAAUCGGACAAUUUAAAGGAAUUCGAUGAUUUGAUCAAAGAAAUUUCGGAUAAAUUUCAAAAUUUUGGAAUAUCGUUGGGUGUCGAUAAUUCAGCACUAUCAGUUAGGAAUUUAUUUCUGUUGGCUUUCCUCGUUAUGUUAAUGAUACUCGUUCUGGUUAUCCGAAAAACUCUGCGAACACUUACUGCUGAAGUGAAAAAUAUGUAAAGAAAACGUUUGAACAAUAAAAUUAGCUAAUUCGAUACACGA